GUUUACCCAUUCAGUUUCUUACGGUUACGGUUGUGGUGAUGUCGGCUGUUUCGUUUUGCCGCCAAUUUUUAUUUAUUUAAUAUUUCGAAAAAAUAUCUAAUUUUUCGUCCUCUUGUUUAUAUUUUCGCGAUUUUUACGCGAUUAUUUUUGGUGCGCGAUUAUUUUUCAUAUUGAUGUAAUUUUUUUAAAUUUUUUUCGUUAUUUGUUGUGUUUCUGUUUCGUUAUCAUUUUUCAUUAUUUUCCUGAAUGGAAUUUUUUUCCAGUACGUUUUCUACGUACAUGUUGGUGAUAAAAAUUGGAGUAAUUUUACCUACAUUUGUGCCAGCAAUGAAUCGAGCAAACCUCCUACAGUAUCCAUGAAUCGGUCAUCUUAAUCAUCUUUAUUAUUAUUAUCUACCUAUCGUCUCAUUUCCAUAGUUUUUUUUAUUCUACCAUCAAUUUGGAAAUUAGUUUGCGUCGCGUCCAGUUCGAAAAAUCGUAGUAUUUGUUUAACGAUUAAAUAGGUAGAAGAAGAAUCAGAAGAGAGACAAAAACCGUAUAAUAAUAUUAAUAAAAGUAGGAUAGAUUGUAUAAAUAACGUCCAUCGUGAGGCAGUAUAUUUAAAGUUAACGGCUCCAGGCUCAGCGGGAGUUGACAUAUGCUUGUAAAAAAGUGCCGUUCGGACAUAACUCGUUUAUUAAUUUUUUUAAAAUAAUAUAAAAAAAGAGUUCGGUUUGUUUUUUCUUUUUUUUUGCUCCUCUGUGAGAAGUAUAUAUUUUUUUUCACUUAUACAAAUCUAUUACUGAUUAUUUAUUCAUUGUAUUUAUGGUAAUUUUAUUCGACGACUGACACGACGAUGGCGCGUUUAAACGUAUUUUAUUCAUCGGUGUUGUGUACAUUGUUGUGGCUCGGUUUCGGUGGUGAUGAUGGUGUUUUGGCUGAGGAAGAAAUCGGAUCGCCUUUGAGGAUCGCUCAGUGUAGAGCUCAUUGUAUCGUUAAGUUCUCGCAAGAUGUAGAGUCGCAGAAGAUGUGCUUCCAGCAUCCGGAUUGUUUUAUGUGCUGGGAAAAUUGUCAACUGCUGCAAGCCAACUAUCCCAUAUGGGGUGGGAUAUGCUCGGAGCAGGGAAUAUGCUUUCCCGGCUGUCAAGAAGCUUGCAAGUUCCAUCGUGAAAUGUCACCGGUCCAGCAAUCCGUACCGGUUAUCCAGACACGAGGCGAAGAGGUUAUUUUCGUCAAGAACCAAACCGCGUAUUGGCCUAAGCCAUCUCGAAUACGUCACGGCACCGGCGAUCCUCUGGUCUACGUCGUGAUGCGUCGUCUGCCAGGCAAAAUGUGGCGACAAAUCACUCAAACUCUGGAAACAUCGUCUAGAGUUCCGUCGGAAGACCUGUCAUCGGGCGCGAUGUUACGUGUAUUGGUGGUCGAUCGAGAUGGCCUAUUGACCAUCUAUAGUCCGGUCGCUUCCGAGUCGUCGCUCAGAAGCGCCAACGAUAUAGCUCGCAGUUCCGGCCAGAACAGCUUGAAUAAUUUAUUCGCUCCUGCCAACGCUACCAAUGGCGGUCAGAAUAAAUCCAUAGGUGCUGAGAACGCGAUACCUGGUAAAGGACGCAGGAUCAAUACGGAAAUUGUGAAAAGCUCCCAGCAGCAGGAUUCUAAUCGUACUUCGGAAAUCGUAGCGGCCGAAUAUACAGCUUGGAAUUUACGCGAGAUUUCGCUAAUUCAUCAAAAAGUGCUGGUGAUCGCCGAAAUAGCCUGGGAUGCUGUACCAACCUACGUCGUCCAAAGACCGGUGUAUUUCGUGACGUGGGAAGUGGACGGCGGUGGUCUAAAGGGUAAUCUGUUCACCGAUUCCACUUGUGUCACAUUGUCUCUGUGGCCAGACACCGUUUAUCAUAUACAGGUCGAACUAGUCAGUCAAGAUACAGCCACAGGACGACCUCAACAAAGCGAAGAUUUCCUCUUGGAUACCCAUCGAGCAGUAGCCGUUGAAUUGGAAACCUCGCCACCAGAUUUAUCAGUCCUGACAGCAGCACCGGACACUCCUAAGAGUCAAGAUAUCGAUUCGAAUGAGAUCUUCAUGCGACAAUCGGCUCAAAGUCAUGUGGAUGUGCAACGGACUCCUCACAAGAUCGAUAUGAUGGUCGAGAAACAACAAGUUGAGAUAUAUUUCGCGGUCGGAGCAGCAUUCGCAGUUUUCAUCUUGGUUUUGGUGGUGCUGGUGUAUGCGAGCUGUCGUCAUAGCGAUGUGAUCUCGUAUCCUCGUCCCAACAGUGAUAUAUUCUCCAUCAAACCGGGCAAGAAGGUCGACUCGCGUUUUCCAAAAGAAUUCGUACCGAUAUUAACCCUGGUAACCGAAAAUAUUUCCAAAAGAACGUUAAACUCGCACACCAGCGAAGCUCCAGACAAGCCGUCGCAUUCGAAAGUCGAACCAAAUUACAAACGUAACGACCCACAAUCGUCGACGAAUUUCAACCAUUUCGUCGACCAAAUACCACCACGUGACACGAAUGUAUGCGCAAAUACAAGUACCUCACAACAACAACAACAACAACGGUCCUACUGUGAUAGAAGUAUGAAAAAUGAUCGCGUGAAUCGUAAUAGUAAUAUUUCGUAAUUUGUAAUUCUAUACCAACGUAUCUACUUCAAUAUAGUAAAUUUAUUUUUGUACACUCGAUGUAAAUACUCUAAAAAAAAAAGUUUGUAUUUAAAAAAACCAAAAUGAAAAAAAAUUGAUCGCUUUUUUGUAUACCUAUUAAAAAUUACCAUCUCCCCUUGAUUCGGGAGACUUGAUGUAUACCUUGUAAAGUACAAUAUUUCAUAAAGCUUGAAGCUCUAAAAAAAAAAAUGAAAAAUACUGUUAAAGCGAUAUCACAAAACGAUUCUUGUAGUUUGCGAAUCUAGUCCC